UUCAGUAUUGCGAACAUGAUUGCCAUCGGAAUUUUCGCUUCGUUCCUUUUAUUUUCGUCUCCGAUUUCUGCGGAAAACUGGAAACGAUAUUUAAAAUUCGACUCUAAUUAUGAGCUUUGGUGGUCCAUGUACGACGAUUCCAUCACUUUCCAAGUGGAAGUGGCGACUAAUGGAUGGGUCGGAUUUGGAAUCUCCUCAAACGGAGGAAUGAAAGGCAGUGAUAUCGUCAUUGGAUGGAUUAACGAUAACCAAGCGAUGUUUCACGAUAGACACGCCGAAGGAAAGUUUCAGCCGAAAAUCGACGAACAACAGGAUUGGGAAUUGUUAUGGCACGAGAAAAACGAUACUCAUACAAAGUUACGAUUUAAAAGAUUGCUGGACACGUGUGAUGACCAGGAUAUAGUCAUUACGGAAGAAACUAUGAGACUGAUAUACGCUUACAGUCACCAAAAUCCCAAUUCUAUAGAUGCAGUUAGUUAUCACGGACCAACCACUAGAGGAACUAANAGUCGUUGGCAAUCGGCCUAUGAGUGA